AUGCAACUGAGGAAGUCUCCAGUAAUGCUUCAGGUGUUGUUCGGCGCCAUCCUUGGUAUUGCCAUAACCACUACGGCAGACUCUAGCAGCGCUCUAGUAUCAACACCAGGCCAAAUAGCACCCGUUCCUGCAUGGGACUUGCAGUCAUCAACGAAAGCAGCAAGUGAUUUGGAAGCUCUCUCUCGUCCAGGCAUUGACACAUCAGGAUGGCUGCAUGUCAACACAUCCAAGUGCACCCUGAUGGGCUGCCUGCUAGAAGCCGGCAUCUACAACGACACCGAGCUAUUCUACUCGGACAACCUCCGAAGAGUGGACAGCAAGCAGUUUGAGGUCCCGUGGCUGUACCGGCAGGAAUUCGGACUGGAUCCAGGAGCCGGGAAGUACUUCCAUCUUCUCACGCAUGGAAUCACUUCCCGCGCCGACGUGUAUCUGAACGGAAAACAAGUAGCGGACAAGGAGACACAGGCUGGUAGCUAUGGAGGCCAUACGUACGAUAUCACUGAUCUGGUCGACAAGGACAAUGCAUUGCUUAUCCAGGCACAUCCCACGAGCUACUACGCCGACUUUGCGUUGGGCUGGGGGGAUUGGAAUCCGUGGCCUGCAGACAAUGGCACAGGAGUAUGGCGAGAUGUGGAAGUCAAGCAGACCGGAUCUGUUGCUCUUGGACCCCUACGGGUGGUGACCCAGCUUGGAACGCCCUUGGAUAGCUCACCCGCAAAUGUGAUUCUCAAAUCCCGUGCCCAGAACUUGGAGAAUGAAGAAAUAACCAUCACCGUUACCGGCACCGUAUUCCCAGAAGGCUACACCGGCGAGACACUAACCUGGUCCCAAACCGUCACUCUCCCGCCUCUGUCUACCACAGACGUAACCCUCACUACCACUGUCCAGAAGCCAGCCAUCUGGUGGCCAAAGCAAUGGGGUUCCCAACCACUUUACAACGCUCAACUCUCCGUCUUCGCUUCCAACAACACCCUCUCCGACCAGGUUUCCGCAGUAUUCGGCUUCCGCACCGUCACCUCCCAGCUUAACUCGUACGACGACACCACCUUCUUCAUCAACGGCCAACCAUUCCAAGUCCUUGGUGCAGGCUACGCCCCCGACAUGUUCCUCCGCUUCUCCUCCGCCAAAUUCGAAUCCGAAGUCCGCUACGUCCUCGACCUCGGCUUCAACACCAUCCGCCUCGAAGGGAAGAACGAGCACCCGGAGCUCUAUCAGAUCGCCGACCGACUAGGCAUCAUGAUUCUCGCCGGAUGGGAAUGCUGCGACAAAUGGGAGGCAUGGAGCUACAACCAGGACCUGGCAGUCCCAACCCCAGUCUGGAGCGAAGACGAUUACGGUAUCGCCAACGCAAGCAUGUUCCACGAAGCCGGGAUGCUUCAAACUCACCCGAGUAUCCUAGGUUAUCUCAUCGGCAGCGACUACUGGCCGGAUUCCAAGGCAGCACCAAUGUACAUGAGCACCCUAAGACUCCAAGACUGGCAAACACCAGUGCUAUCCUCCGCUUCGAAAAGGGGAUUCCCCUCCUUCAUGGGCUCGCCCGGUUUAAAAAUGGAAGGCCCCUACGACUGGGUUCCUCCCAACUACUGGUACGACCGGACUCAUCUCGGAGCAGCAUUCGGCUUCGGAUCAGAACUAGGCGCCGGCGUCGGAACCCCAGACCUAUCCAGCCUGCACAAAUUUCUUUCUCCCUCUGACCUCACCGACCUCUGGAAGAACCCCAACAAAGACUUGUUCCACAUGUCUUCUACAGACACCUCCAGCUUCCGCAACCGCAACAUCUACAACUCUGCCCUCUGGAACCGCUGGGGCGCCCCGACUUCUCUCGAGGAUUAUGUCCAAAAGACCCAAAUCACCGACUACGAAGCCACCCGCGCCCAAUUCGAAGGGUACGCAGCCAACUGGAACUCCCCCAAGCGGUCUGCGACGGGCAUGAUCUACUGGAUGUUAAACGGUGCUUUUCCGAGCUUGCACUGGUCCAUCUGGGACUACUACAUGCAUCCUGCCGGGGCGUAUUUCGGUGCCAAAGUCGGUAGUCGGAUCGAGCAUGUGGCGUUCGACUACGUCAAGAAGAACGUGGUUCUCAUUAACAGGUCGUUGGACAAACAAGGACCAAGAAGUGUCGAUAUCGAAAUGGUAGAUCCAACUGGAAAGACACUAUACAGCAACACAGUAAAAACGACAACAAAACCGAAUACAAGUAGGGAAAUCAUUUCUAUGGCUUCUGCUUUUGAGAAUAUCAAAGAUGUUGUCUUUCUUCGUUUAACAGAGCUAAGCAGCAACACCUACUGGCUCUCCAAAAACCUCGACACUCUAGCCUGGGACAACUCCAAUUGGUACUACACCCCCGUAAGCGAGUACAGCGACUACACGACAUUAAACAAGCUACCUACUGCGAACGUAACGGUAACAGCUUUGUCCAAGGGGCAUUCUGAGUACGAGUCUUCGAAGUUGCAGGUGACGUUAGAAAACCAUUCUUCCUUCCCCGCCUUCUUCAUCAGUCUCAACUUAGUAGAUAAAGAAGGGAAGGAUGUGGUGCCGGUGAUUUGGGAUGAUAAUUACGUGACUUUGUGGCCGAGGGAGAAAGUUACGGUUCAGGUUAGGUCGCUGGAAGGGGCGGGACUGAUGCGUGCAGAAGCUGCUGUGAAGGUAGUUGGGAAGAAUGUUAGGGGGAUGACAGUGAUGGUCGGUUAAGGGUCCGGAAUUGAAGGUCUUGAACUCCGAAGAGUAUUCAAGUUCGGUCAUGCCGUUGGAGCGGGGGAACGCAGUGGCUGGCAGACACCUCGGGAAUCCGAGACAAUGUAUCUUAUAACAUUGCUUGAUUUGACAUUAUUCAUAACUUCGUACAGGCUUCUACAUAAUGCUCAAGGGGCUAACUGCCAGCGAAUCGAGCGAGGUGCAUCCACGGCAUCUCGGAUCCGAACACGCCCCAUAUUUCCGGCUCCGGGUGGCCUGUGCGCCCAUGCCGUAUGACGUAACUCCCGGGUGAUCUGAUUCCGGG